GUGCGUCUCAGCACGUGGAGCCGGGAGCCAAUCAGCACCGUCCAAUGUCGGCGGAGUGAUACGGCUGCCGGAGGUCCAGAAAGUGACCGGCGGGAGCGGAAUGGAGAGGAAACGUUGGGAAUGCUCGGCGCUGCCGCAGGGUUGGAAGAAGGAAGAGGUGACCCGUAGAUCAGGGCUGUCCGCGGGGAAGAGCGAUGUCUAUUACUAUAGAUCAAGCUGUCCAGUGACAGGAGUGCUUGACCAGUUGCAGAAAGGUACCCCCUCCCCAAAAGGCGUCUUUACAGGACAGCAUUUGAGAGAGCAAGACAACACCCACCAGAGACAGGAGACACAAACCACCGCAGGUUUAAAAGGAGGCUCCUCCAUGAAGCCAGUUAUUGUGUUUUCUCCUCCAGACAGAAACAUUCCUCUGAAGCUCGGCCCCAGUGGGAAGAAGUUCCGCAGUAAACCUCAACUGGCACGAUACCUUGGCAACUCAAUGGAUCUCAGCACUUUUGAUUUUCGAACAGGAAAAAUGUUGAUGAGCAAAAUAAAUAAGAAUCGGCAGCGAAUGCGAUAUGAUGGGCUUAAUCAAACUAAGGGCAAGCCUGAUUUGAACACUGCCCUCCCAGUCCGGCAGACUGCGUCCAUCUUCAAGCAACCAGUCACCAAAGUGACAAACCAUCCUACCAACAAAGUGAAAAGUGACCCUCAGAAAGCAGUUGACCAGCCACGUCAGCUGUUUUGGGAAAAAAAACUAGCUGGUUUAAAUGCUUUCGACAUAGCAGAAGAGCUGGUGAAAACGAUGGAGUUGCCAAAGGGACUGCAGGGUGUUGGUCCUGGGUGUACAGAUGAAACUCUUUUGUCUGCCAUUGCUAGUGCUCUACACACAAGUACUAUGCCAAUAACUGGACAACUGUCUGCUGCAGUGGAGAAGAAUCCUGGAGUCUGGCUUAAUACUUCACAGCCUCUCUGCAAGGCUUUUAUGGUGACAGAUGAAGACAUAAGGAAACAAGAAGAACUUGUGCAGCAAGUGAGAAAAAAGCUGGAAGAGGCUCUUAUGGCAGAUAUGCUAGCUCAUGUAGAUGAAAUUUCAAAAGAUGUGGGUCCCCCCUUGGAAAAAGAUCUAGAUGAUGAAGAUGAGGACGACGAUCCCAGAGAACAAGUUUCAGAAGAUGUAUAAGACUAUAUUGCUUAAAUAUUGCAAUAAAAGACCUGGGACAUAUUUUUUCCACCCUCUUUUUGCAUUCUGUGGUUUGAACAAUACUGCAUGCAAAAUAACAUUUUGUAAGGCAGCCUUGGUUGACUAUUUCUUCUGGGUCCUUUUCGGGAGAUUUGUUCUGAUAAGCUUUCAUGGCAAAACAAAUAUGGGCAAAUUUCUACUUGAAGGCUCACCUUUUACUGAAAUGUAAUCUGCGAGUAUUGAAAUAUAGUAACCACCAUUGUUGACUUGGUUAUAAAGGUGAAAGCUCCAGGUCUGUUGUCCAGUGGCUGUAUGCUUGUUCUAGGCUUUGAGCAAAAAAUAUCUGUAAAAAGGUCCGUAAAUUAAAUCGAGAAUGGCGGUUUCCAUAUUUCUGCCCUCACAUGUUGACUUUUGGUGUGAAAAAUCAUGAUUUUCAUGCGGACACAAUUUCAAUAUUUAUUAAAGCUUUUUUUUUUUUAUUGUCUGAGAAUAAACAUUCCCUUUUUUUAUUUUUUCAUAAUGGCACAAAUGAAGAUUAAAGUUUUAAUGUCACUUUAGGAAGAACAAAAAGCUGUCAUUGCCUUUUGCUAUGGCAGAAUGUUGGGCCAUUCUGAGCAGGUAGAACUGGCACUUCUGGUAGUGACAGAGCUUGCCUGCUCCCUCUGGACACAGAUUUGUAUUAGCCAAUGAAGCAGUCCUACACACACCAUGAAAACCUGGUAGAAGUUUUUUUGUAUGCCCUUUAAAAAGUUAGUGCUUUCUAAUUGACAUAACUGAUUUUGCUAAAUAUGUUAAAUGAGGUGGACAAUGAAAGUUUGUGAAAUUGUCUCCUCUGUGAUGGCUAGCAAUCUUAUUGCUUAGUUUGCUUUAAUGCAAGUGGUACUAUCACAGUAGUGUCUUUAAAUAUUUUGCAGUUAUUGAUUAUACCAGUUAUAAAUGUCACUAAGGAUGUCUGUACAGAACAUUUUACAAAAUAUAAAUGUGUUUGAUAAGCUGUCAGCUAAUUCUUAUUAGGUUCACUUCCUCACAAGGUAGAUGUUGGCUGAGCAGAUUACUUGGAAACUAGUCUGAUUCUUCUGAAUUGUGAACCUUUUCUAUUGAAUAGAGUGCACAGAACGGUGCUACUAGGUAGAUUUCAUAGAGACUGGAAAAUGGACUCUCAUACAGAUCUUGAAUCUUUAAAACCUUGUAAAAUUGGUUACAAGGUUUUUUUUAAGUUUAACUUUGUCUUGCCUUUUUUUCCCCCACUGUUGUAACUAGUCCUUUCUGAUGGUAAAACCAUUACUCUUAAUACCCUAGAACUAAUGCUGCAACAGCUAUCUUGAGCCCACCCUCACUUCCUGUCUGAACGACAUCUGUUCAUCAAUCGCCUCUUUCUGAUCCAUACUGUUUGACCACCUCUCACAGCGGCUUACUCUGCAAUCAGACAUUUCUGGCUAGCUUUAGACAAGCAGACUUGAGCUGUGCAAUCUGCUGAUCAGUUGUUUGAUUAGAAAUCAAUAGGAGCAAGUCUGUUCAGACUGAAAAUGAAGGCAUUGCAAACAUAGUCUGCAGCUUCCAGUGGCCAGCAGGAAGGGGCAUAUACCGGUACUUUUUGGGCUAGUUUACACUUGCUUCAAAACAUGGCUUCGGUCACGCUUUGCUAAAGCUGUCUGAACGCUAGUCAAAGCCCCUGUCCCUAAAUAAAAUGGUUGGCUUACAGUCCUGUUUACACCUCGCUUUGUGCUUUGAUGAGGCUUUGGUGGGGCUUCAAGCGAGCUUUGCCAUAGACUUCCAUGGAUGCUUUGAAGCACCACUAAAGCUACAUGGGGUAUAUAUUUUGAAGCAAAGCCUGUCCGAAACCUUGUUUUGAAACCACUGUAAACUAGCCCUUAAUGUUCGAAGCCGAAGCAAGUGUAAAUGAGCCCUUAAAGGGCUGCUGGGGAUGUUUUUUGUCAUAGAAAGCUGACUUGGGUAAAAAAAAUCACAUGAGGCAGGGUGUUGACAUUUAGGUGAGCCUGCCAGCCCCUCCCACCAAAUUCUAAACACAGAUCAGGGUGCAGAUUCAGUGAUGACUUCACCAGGUCCUAAAAGAGGUACUUCUUGAAAAGAAAAUCAUUUGAAAAAUGUUGAUUGGGAGGUGAUAAUGGAAGGUAUUUGCAUAUGUUUAAACUGCAUUUUUUCUAAGCUGAAGUGUAUCAAGCAUUAGCAGGCACAUGUGGAGUCCAAAAAAUGCAGUUGUUCCUCAAUUUAAAAACUACUGCAUGGAAAUCUUUCUACUGGAAUUUUUAAAAGAUGUAAUAAGGGGGUGGGUUAUUGUUAUCCAGGAUUCUGCCACCUAGGCAAAGUUGGUGUUCAAUGUAUAUAAAAUGUUUCAUGGAAAACCAAUAGUGAGAGUGUGUAGUAUAUACAUUUUGUUGUGAUAUUUACUUUACUCAGUGUUAUGUGGUGCUACUUGCGCCAAGACUUUUUUUUUUUCAUGUAUUAAUAUUAAAACAUUUGUACAAAUUUCCAUAAUGUGCUUGCUUACAUGAAAAUGUGUAACUAAGAUAUAACUUAGUCUACAAACGGCUGAAUAAAUUUUAACACUUACGGUUGC